AUGGCUCCAUCUAUUGUGGAAAAUGUGAGAAAAGUCCCGGCAGUUGGGGUAAGCGGCUAUCCUUUCAAGCUCGAGAAUACCUCGGUAUCCAUGGAGCACGAAGCAAAACAUCAAAUUUCAAAUGGAGCUGUCCCCAAUGGAAUCAACAGAAUUGACCCAAAGUCGAGGUUUGAGCCAAAGCCGAUCGCAAUUUGCGGAAUCGCCAUGCGUCUUCCAGGCGGGGUUCACGACAGCGAUGCGUUUUGGGACGUUCUUAUAAACGGAAAGGACACGAGAGGCCCAAUCCCGCAAGACCGAUACAACGCACAAGGGUUCACAGAUCGAGCUGGCCACAAGGGAGCGAUCAAGACGCAGUUCGGCUACUUUAUAGAGGACGACUUGACUGCCCUGGAUACAUCCUUUUUUACCCUUACCAAAACCGAGCUGGAGCGGACGGAUCCUCAACAGCGUCAGCUCCUUGAGGUUGCACGAGAAGUAUUGGAAAAUGCUGGCGAGGCUAAUUUCAGAGGAGAGUUGAUCGGUUGCUAUGUUGGUACCUUUGGCGAGGACUGGUUGCAGAUGAGCGCCAAAGAGAACCAGCAUGCAGGAGGAUAUAUUAUGACGGGACAUGGCGAUCUCAUGCUUGCCAAUCGCGUCUCUUUCGAGUAUGAUCUUAAAGGGCCUAGUCUGGUUGUCAAGACUGGUUGCUCUGCAUCAUUAGUCGGGCUUCACGAGGCAUGCCGAGCCAUCCAGUACGGGGACUGUAAGAGCGCCAUUGUAGCGGGAUCCAAUCUAAUCAUUGGUCCCACUACCACGGCGGCUAUGACCCAGGAGGGUAUUCUGUCUCCAGAGGGAUCUUGCAAGACAUUUGACGCGAAGGCCGACGGGUUCGCCCGAGGAGAGGCCGUCAAUGCAGUUUACAUCAAAGGGCUCGAUGAUGCUAUUCGCGACGGUAACCCAAUUCGAGCCAUCAUUCGCAACACAGGCACAAACAGUGAUGGGAAAAGCGAGGGGUUGAUGACGCCAAAUUCGAAAAGUCACGAAGCGUUGAUGCGGAAAGUGUACGCUGACGCGCAUCUCGACCCGGCACUGACAGGUUUCAUUGAGUGUCACGGGACAGGAACAGCAACCGGCGAUCCCCUUGAAACAACCGCGGUGGGCGAAGUGUUUGGUGCUUCGGGUGUUUACAUUGGCUCGGUGAAGCCCAAUGUGGGUCACUCCGAGGGCGCGUCGGGUAUUACAAGUCUGAUCAAAGCCGUCUUGGCACUGGAGCACGGCGUCAUUCCACCCAAUAUCAAAUUCAACACGCCGAAUCCUAAGAUCCCCUUCAUUGAAAAGAACUUGAAGGUUCCCACCAAGCCAACAGCCUGGCCCGAGGACCGCGAAAGAAGAAUUAGCAUCAAUUCCUUCGGUAUUGGAGGUUCCAACGCUCAUGUUAUUCUGGAUUCCGCGCAACAAGUUCAAUCGCAGAACCGAGCGCGCAAUGAAGGCGAAGAUUGUCAAGUGGUUAUCGUCUCUGCAAACACGCAGGAAUCCGCUCGACAAUACACCGAGCUCAUUCAUGAGUAUAUGAAGACGAACCAAAAAGCCAUCAAUGAUUUGGCAUACACAUUAGCCUUUCACCGAGAACGAUUGCCAUUUCGCGCAUACUUGAUCGCCGAUAAAAGAUCCAUUAUCGAGAUAUCUCCGUCCGUCAAGGUCCCUGCCCAUACACCAAAUAUAGUGAUGGUAUUCAGUGGACAGGGAGCACAAUGGCCCCAGAUGGGUCACGAGCUGAUCCUAUCUGACUCGCUAUUUAGAGAGGACAUUGAAGAAAUGGAUCAAAUUCUUCAAUCACUAAAAUUCCCACCAAGUUGGUCCUUGAAAGAGGAACUACUCGAACCGGCAGAGAGGAGCAAAUUAGGCCGUGCAGAGCUUGCCCAACCCUUGACGACCGCCAUUCAAAUCGCGAUGGUCAAUCGCCUGCAAAGAACCGGUAUUGAACCACAAUCUGUCGUCGGUCAUUCCAGUGGUGAAAUUGCUGCAGCCUAUGCAAGUGGCGCUCUGUCAUUAACGGAAGCUCUUUUGUGUGCCUACUACCGUGGCUAUGUGGCCAAAGAGCAUAGCAACGAGGGUGGCAUGGCAGCGGUUGGCCUGGGCUCUGAGCAAGCCGCCGCCUACCUCAUAGACGGAGUGGUCGUUGCAUGUGACAACAGUCCUAGUAGUGUUACACUAUCUGGAGACGUGGCCCCAUUGCAGACUGUCCUGGAAAUCAUCAAGCGGGACAAUCCAGAUGUAUUGGCACGACAGCUCAAAGUGGAUAUGGCGUAUCAUUCUCACCACAUGAGCAGUAUGGGGGACAAGUAUAGGAAGUUUCUCGAGAUUGAGAUCCAACAGCAGAACUUAGUCCGCGAAAACCCUAGAGUCAAGUUUUGGUCCUCUGUGACGGGUCAUAUUAUCGAGGAUGGGCAGGAACUCGGGCCAAAAUACUUCCAGUCCAACCUGACUUCCCAAGUUCGUUUCAAUGCUACCAUCCAGCAGAUUCUGCGGCAUCAGACAAACAAUAUCUUCUUGGAAAUUGGUCCCCAUUCCACCCUAGCAGGGCCGCUGCGCCAGAUUUGCUCCACGCAAGGAUCGGUAUGUAGCUACGUUCCAACUAUGCUUAGGGGCAAGAAUUGUCAAGCCAGCGCUUUGGCUGCCCUUGGCCAGCUCUAUCAGAAUGGCAUAUCCAUGGACGAACGCGUGGUUUUUCCGGCUGGGAGGGCACUCAAGAAUCUUCCUCGUUAUGCCUGGAAACACACUGGCCCAUACUGGUAUGAAGCUCGCGUGUCAAAGGAGUGGCGUCUUCGAGGCACUGGUCACCAUGGACUGCUCGGCCUUCGCGUACCAGAAACAACCGAACUUGAACCUGUAUGGAGAAACCAGCUCUCCCUUGAUGACGAGCCCUGGAUCGCUGACCAUAAAAUCGUUAAUGAUGUUAUUUUCCCAUUUGCGGGAUACAUAUCAAUGGCGGGUGAAGCUGUGCGACAGCUCACUGGAAUAGAAGGAGGCUACCGCAUCAAACAUGCACUUGCACAAUCAGCUCUGGUUCUUUCAGAUAGCGCUCCCGUCGAAAUUGUCACCACUCUUCGACCACUCAAGAUCUCUGAUUCUGCGAACUCCGAGUGGUUGGAGUUUACCAUCAGCUCCUAUUCUGGCUCUACCUGGAUCCAGAACUGCCAAGGACAGGUCAAGGCUAUCAAUGACGUGACUCAUAAUAACAAACCCCCCGAGGGGGAACUUUCACGACAAAUUUCAAGUAGUCGAUGGUACCAAGCCAUGUCAGAUAUUGGCAUUGUGUACGGAUCUCGAUUUCAAGGUCUUUCUGAAAUCGCAUCUUCGACAACACAAAACCUCGCCGCAGCCAGGAUCACGAGUCCUACAUACAAGGAGGGUCAAUUCCCCUUUCAUCCUGCAUCCAUUGAUGCCUGCCUUCAACUGCUCCUGGUGGCCAUGGCCAAGGGUAUAGGGAGGAACUUUGGGGAACUUUGUGUACCGACCAUUAUCGAAAAUCUGACCAUCUCCCAGAGCUCGGGAGAAAUGCAAGCCAUCGCCUGGAGCAAUGGACACAACGAUGGCGCUGUUGAUUGCAUGGUUGAUGGCAUGCCAGCGUUGCAGCUGCGUGGACUACAACUGACUUCAAUGGAUAACAGCGCCAACACAACUUCUUUAGAGCCACAUGCUGCUGCUCGCCUUGAAUGGAACCAGGACUUUGACCUUGCCGACCAUUCGAAACUAUUCAGUGCUCCGCAGAGUAUCAAAGCAGAAACUUGGAUGCAAGAAGAGAUGACACUUCUUUGCAUGUUGGAAACCGCAGUCCGACUUCGGCAUCUAAAGGCUUGCCAGCCGCAUUUCGAGCUGUUUAGAGACUGGCUCGAGAUGGAGAACAAACGAGCCGCAGCUGGUACCUACCCAUUACUUGGCACAGAAGCCCAGAAGUUUGUCGUGAUGUCGUCCCCAACGCGGGCAAAGCUGAUCAAUGAGCUAGAGGAGAAACUCCUCGGGAUCUCUGCCAAAGGUUCUGUGGUCAUCGGCAUCAAACGCAUCUACGACAACUGUGAAAGGAUCUUUACGGGCGAAGGCGAUACCUUGGAUAUCCUGAUGCAAGACGAUGUUUUAACACAUAUUUACGACGCCGUGAGCUUUGGCAAAGGAGAAUUCUUCCGGCUUCUCUGUCACUCUAGACCAACACUGCGUGUUCUCGAGGUUGGCGCAGGAACAGGUGGAACCACAGAGAUGAUUCUGAGAGAGCUGAUCCGACCAGAUGCAAUGCCUUGCUACUCGCUCUACUCCUUCACGGAUAUUUCUGCCGGAUUCUUCCCACAGGCAAAGGAGCGGUUUGGGUACGCUCCGAACAUGGAUUAUCGGGUCUUCGAUAUCUCAAAAUCGCCUAUUGAGCAAGGAUUCGAAGCAGGAACCUACGACAUCAUUGUUGCUCCGAACGUCGUUCACGCUACACCAUCACUGAAUGAGACCCUGGGUAACUUGCAACCUUUGCUUCGCCCUGGUGGCCUUCUUGUUUUGACAGAGCUCUGUGCCGUCGUACGAACUCCGAACUUUAUCUUCGGCAACUUCUCCGGCUGGUGGCUUGGUGGGGCAGAUGGGCGGCCCUAUGAGCCCUACGUCUCAAUCGAACGUUGGGAUGAUGAACUCAAGAAAGCUGGAUUUAGCGGUGUCGAUACUGCUAUCUGCGAUGCCGAAGCGCCUUAUCACUACUGCGCCGCCAUCGUGUCAAAGAAGCCGCCCACUGAUGCACUGGAGCCAAUCACAUCUCGACCCGUCACUAUUCUUUGCGACAUGCCCGACAAUGGUAUUAGCAAACGUUUCAUUGAUGACCUUGCACUUGCAGGUGUGUCCACGACAGUCUGUCGUUUGGAUGAAAUACCCCCCGCAGAGCAGGAGGUCAUCUCACUUCUCGACCUCGAGGGAUAUUUCUUCGAAGAUUUGUCUUCUGAGCGCCUUGCAGCUUUCCAGAAAUUUUUGAAGAGAGGCACGACAAAUCGAACCAUUCUUUGGGUACUCCGACCAACGCAGAUGAAAUGUCAAGACCCUCGCUCGGGUCAGGCCAUUGGUGUUGCUCGAUCUAUCCGUGCCGAGUCCGCAGUGCCUUUUUACACCUUGGAGAUUAGCCAAGAUGAGGGAGAUUUCUCGAAGCUGGUACUGGGUGUUUGGAAGAAGAUCAUCAAUUCCAAAGACAAUGAACUGCUGACUCCUGACAAAGAAUAUGUCGUCGACGAAGGGGUAGCCAAAGUCGGUCGUUAUCAGUCUUUUUUGGUCGAAAAAGAAAUAUCUCAAUUGCAAGUCGAAGAGGGUGUGCCGGGCAUCAACUCGCUCAACAUCUUAACGGCUGGUCAACUGGACACCCUGCAGUGGGUUCAAAAGCCACUCAAGCCCGAGGUGCAGAGCGGCGAUGUUCUCAUCGACACUCGGGCCAUUGGUCUCAACUUCAAGGACAUCCUGUAUUCAAUGGGAAUUUUGCGUCCUGGCAAAAGCGAAGUCCCUUUGGGUCUUGAAGUCGCCGGCGUUGUCCGGCAAAUAGGUACAGAUGUUAGGAAUGUGUCGAUUGGAGAUCGUGUUCUGGCAAUGCCACCAUUUCCCUGCGCAAAGACCGCUGUUGCUGUUCCUUCAAAUUUGGUUCAGAGGAUUCCAGAUAGUCUGAGCUUUGAAGACGCGGCUGCGAUGCCCGUCUGCUAUGCCACAGUGAUCGAAUCGUUGAUCAAUAUUGGUCAACUAGAGAAGGGCCAGUCAGUUCUGAUCCACUCUGCUACUGGAGGCGUGGGUCAUGCUGCAAUUCAGAUUUGUCGAAUGCUUGGGGCAGAGAUUUAUGCCACUGUUGGCAGUGAUGUAAAGGUGGAGUAUCUCAUGUCAAACUUCGAUGUUCCUCGCGAUCAUAUUUUCUACUCCAAAGAUGCCUCUUUUGCGACCGAGUUGAUGAAAGUAACAAAAGCACGAGGCGUUGACAUAGUCCUAAAUUCACUGUCCGGUGAACUACUACACGCAUCAUGGGACUGCGUUGCAGAGUUCGGUAAGAUGAUCGAGCUUGGGAAGAAGGAUGGCACAGAAUUUGGCAAACUGCAGAUGAACAACUUCUUGUUGAAUCGCUCCUACUGCUGUGUGGAUAUGACUCAUCUCGCUCAGUUGCGACCGCAGCGCGUGAAAACGAUUCUGAAGAAACUGGUUGAGCUUUACUCGACUGGCCACAUUCAACCUCUUCAUCCGCUGACAUCAUUUGAGGCCGAAAAGGUUCAAGAUGCCUUCCGUUAUGUCCAAAACCGUGAUCACAUCGGGAAAACUGUGAUCAAUGUUCCGUCAGAUUUCUCGAUCGUUCCAAGUCUUCCCAAAGCCACCAAAUUGCAAUUGAACCCAGCUUCAUCCUAUUUACUCACUGGCGGCCUUGGGGGCCUCGGCAAGGUAAUCUCGACAUGGCUGGUUGAACGAGGUGCGCGCUCUCUCGUUUUCCUGUCUCGAAGCGCUGGAUCACCAGAGAAUCGGACUUUCCUCCGGGAACUGGAGAGCACCGGUUGCAUAGUCACCAUUGUGCCUGGUAAAGCAGAGUCGCCAGGCGACAUCAAUGCGGUAAUUUCGAAGGCACCAUAUCCCAUUCGGGGCAUCAUUCACCUAGCUAUGGUGCUCAAGGACUCUCCAAUCGCUAGUAUGACACAUUCCGAUUGGCUUGCGGCGAAUACCCCCAAGGUCACCGGGGCAUGGAAUAUUCACGAAGCGUUCAAGGAAGAAAACUCUCUUGAUUUCUUCGUGCUUGCCAGCUCGCUGGUUACCGUCGUUGAGCAGCCCGGUCAAGGAAAUUACAGUGCUGCUAACACGUAUCUCGAAGCGUUCUGCCAGUGGCGGCGGUCCCUAUUCUUGCCAGCCGCAGUCCUAAACAUAUGUCCCAUUAACGGUGUGGGAUUUGUCGCAGAAAAUAAACUCGCGCGCAAGAACAUGAAAGCCCAGGGUCUUUACUUCCUUGGCGAGAGUGAGCUGCUGGACUUCAUGGAGUUGUCUAUAUUGACUUCGCGCCCCACUGCCGUGACUCAGUCAGAUGAUCUGAAGACAGGCUGGAAGAACCCCGGACAGAUUGUAAUGGGUCUGAAGUCCGAGGCAGAUCUCAACGACAUCAACACCCGCACAAACUGGCGCCGCGAUCGCCGUAUGGGGUUCUAUCACAACAGUGUUGAAAAGGUUGAAAGCGACCGAGGAAGCUCGAACGAAUUGAAGGAAUUCUUGACUAAUGUCAGUAACGACCCUGGUAUAUUGGAGCGCCACGAAUCGACGAUUUAUCUGGCGACUGAGAUUGGUAGCAAAAUUUACAGCUUUAUGCUGAAAUCAGAAGAGGACUUGGAUAUUGCUGUCUCACUGAAGCAAAUUGGUUUGGAUUCUCUCAUGGCUAUCGAGCUCCGCCGUUGGUGGAGGUUGGCACUUGGGCUUCAAAUCAGCGUCUUGGAGAUUAUGGCGACUGGUUCGAUAGAAGCAUUGGGAUCGCUGGCUGCGAAACAGUUACGGGCCUUGUACUUUGCUGAGUGCAAGUAG